AUGUGUAUGGCUUUUUAUUCCACGCUCACCGGUCGGGCGGCAGAAUGGUUCAGGGCGCUUCAACCCGGUUCGAUCGCCGAUUUUGAAACUUUGGCGAGGAAAUUCAACCGGAAGUUUGUGACCUCUAAGGUCAUAAGAAAGCCCUACAUGUACUUGGAGAAGGCCAAGCAGCUAGAGGGGGAAAGCUUGUCCGAGUUCUUGGUUAAAUGGAAAGCAGCGGUCGGGGAGGUCGAACCGAUGGACAAUCUCACCGCCAUCCACAUGCUCCAAAUUUCCCUCCGGGCCAGCUAUUUGUACCAGGAUUUCAUCCUCCACCCACCGAGCACUUGUGAGGAAGCUCUCCGAAGAGUGACGGAUUACGCUAAUGCCGGAGAAGCGAAUGCCAUCAAGAGAUCGCAGGAGGUCAGGACUUCAUCCCGGAAGCCCGUUGGUCGGGCGGAACAUCGGUCGGGUGACGACCAUCCCCGACCCCGUACCCGGCCAGGGGAGUUUACGAUGGUAAACCGAUCGGCGGCGAAAGCGAUGCAGUACGCCCAAUCCUGCAACCUCAUUCGCCUCUUUCAUCCCGGGCAGGACGGACCGGACAAGUCUAAGCACUGUGCUUAUCACCGCUGUGCCGGGCAUGACACGGAGGAAUGCACGCACUUAAGGCAAUUGCUGGAAGGCUUGCUUAAUUUGGGAAAACUGGAUAAGUGUGUGGGCAAAAGGGAAGAGAGUAAGAAAGAUGCUGAUCGGAGAGAUCAUAGGCGCUCCCACCAUUGCUCAGAUCGCUCCGAUCGUUCAGAUCGGUCGGGUCAAGAUCGCAGAGACCCCGACCCUCCAUCCAGCAGCCGACCAGCGGCCAAACCGACCAUUCAUGUGAUCUUCGGCGGUUUGGACGACGUUUCCCAACCCCGGGAGAGCUGCCCGGUCGCGAUCGUAGACUCCCGUGAAACCGGGAAAAAGCUGAAGAUGGAGCCUAUCACCUUCUCGUUGGAGGAUCAACCAAAUAGUGGUGACCACGGGAUGGAAGCCCUCGUGGUCACGAUUGAUGUAAUGGGGACCGAUGUCCAUAGAGUCAUGGUGGACACGGGGAGCAGUGUUAAUGUUCUUUAUUUGGACGUAUUUGAGAAGCUAAAGUUGGACAAGCGUGAGCUGAUUCCGGUCGGCGUAAUUUACUGGGGCCCUCAUUCGCCCCGAAGGAAAGAUUAUGCUCCCGGUCGAGAUCGGCACCUCGCCCAAAUCUGUGAAGACGGAGAUGGAAUUCGUUGUGGUCAAUCUGCACUGCGUCCACAACAUCAUCUUGGGUCAACCGGCCAUCAUGAAGGUCGGCGGGAUCAUCUCCAUGCCCCAUCUAUGCAUGAAGUUCCCCACCCCGAACGGGAUCGGAGUUGUACGUGGAGAUGUCCAAUCCGCGAGGAAAUGUUAUACACGGGCGGUCAAUAA